AGGCCCCCGCCAACGCCAGUCUAAACCCUAGCAAAGCCCUUAUUGGCUUCCUGCCACUGUGGUUUUCACUUGUUUCUGCGUAGCUCAGACGAUCACCUCAGGCACAAAUGGCGUGGCGUUCUGGAUCUCUUUCUCGCUCAUUGAUGUCUACAGCUAGAGCUUCGCUUCGCCCCGCUCCAUCGCCUCUUCCCCGCCUUCGUCCGCCGACCCUCACCGCCCCUCGCCUUCAAGCCCGCCGGUUUUCCUUAUCCGCUUCCAGGAACUUGGGGGAAUUAGGAUGCACACAAUCUCUUUUCCUGCUACAUGGUUCGAUGGCUACAACAUGUCUCUCAUCACACUUUACUGUCAGUGCUCGUGCUUGUUGCGAGUUGUCCAAUGGUACCUUCCGUCGUUCUUGUCAAGAUCGCUAGUAGUCUCUCUUUGUGAUCCUGAUUCCUGAGUUACCUGAAAGAGCUGUUAGAUCGACAUAGCUGCAUUCAAGCAGAUCAAGGGUCGUUAAAGAGGGUGGUAUCAAAGAAAUCUGUGUCAAAGCACUCAUCUGUUACGCCAUUACUGGCUUGGGGGAGGCUGAUUUCCCUCCAAAUUUCGAUAGUUUUCAAGCAUAUUAAUUUGUGCAUUAUAUUUUUAUCUGAUUUUGGACUGCCUUUUUUUUUUUUGGCUUCAUUUUACUGUUUGAAAAUAAAUUCAUUUCCUUUU